AAAUUAGGGCGCGAAGAGGCUUUACUUUAUAAUUAUAAUUCACAUUACACAGUGAAUGAAGGGAAUAGCUUUUGCAUAGAUGGCUUAUUCACCGAGUCGAAGAAGGACUCAUGCUCCCAAAUCGUGGAAAAGCCUGAACGACGACGUCUCGUGCGAGGAAUGUGGGUCGGGAGAUUUUCCUGCGAAGUUGCUUCUCUGCGACAAAUGCGACAAAGGGUUCCACCUCUUCUGCCUCAGACCCAUUCUUCCCUCUGUCCCCAAAGGGUCUUGGUUCUGUUCCUAUUGCUCCCACAAGCCCAAGUCUUUUCCUCUCGUCCAGACCAAAAUCAUUGACUUCUUCCGAAUUCGACGCUCCUCGGAUGCUCCUCAGAUAUCCAAUCAUGAAUCGCGGAAGAAGCGAAAACGUGGUGGUAGCUUAGUGGUGUCGAAGAAGAAGAGGAAGCUGCUUCCUUUCACACCGAGUGAGGAUUCCAAACGGAGAUUGGAACAGAUGGCAUCGCUGGCAACGGCGCUCACUGCAACUAAAACGGAAUUCAGCAACGAUCUUACUUAUAUGCCUGGAAUGGCUCCGAGGUCUGCUAAUUCUCCUGCUCUCGAGCAUGGUGGAAUGCAGGUCUUGUCGAAAGAAGACACGGAGACCUUAAACUUAUGCAGAAGUAUGAUGGAAAAAGGAGCAUGGCCACCCCUCAUGGUUGUUUAUGAUCCUCUAGAAGGGUUUACUGUAGAAGCAGAUAGAUUCAUAAAAGAUUUGACAAUAAUAACAGAAUACGUUGGAGAUGUAGACUUUUUAAAGAAUAGGGAAAAUGAUGAUGGAGAUAGCAUAAUGACACUUCUUUCAGCUUCUGAUCCUUCACGAACGCUUGUUAUCUGUCCAGAUAAACGUAGCAACAUAGCACGUUUCAUUAACGGCAUCAAUAAUCACACGCCAGAAGGGAAAAAGAAGCAGAACUUAAAAUGCGUGAGGUUUGACGUGGGAGGUGAAUGUCGGGUUCUUUUAAUCGCUAAUAGAGAUAUUACGAAGGGGGAAAGGUUGUACUAUGAUUACAAUGGAUACGAACACGAAUAUCCAACCCAACAUUUUGUCUAAAUGUUUCCACUUUCCAUUGAAUAUAAACAAAUAACCUUCCCAGGGAAUUGUGAAUUUUUCCUCUGCAUAGUUGAUCCCACAUGUUACAUGUCAUUCUGGUGUCGCACAUGUAUCAUGUUGGAUGGAUACUUUGCUUAUGUCCUCGAUUUAAUCGUUCUUUUUUAAUUCUUUUUGGAUUAUAUUAAUUGUGAAUUU